AUGAAGUGCCAUGUUUGCGAAGGUGACGAGUGCGACAAACCAGGCGUGUGCGAAAACGCCAUUAUGUGCUUCAAGUCGACCGUAACGGAGCAGAACGGCGAGACGCGAAUCAGCAGAGGCUGCAUCUUGCAGCGAGAUCACGUGCUUUUCACCUGCGGCAAGACGAACGACAAUGUACGAAAAAUUGGCACCGGCUCGAUCCACGCGAUCUGCUGCCAGGGCGAGUUCUGCAACUCCGGACCCUUUCCAGAAGGACCGCGAGCUUCGAACAACAUGAGUUUGAAUGCCGGACUUGCACUCACCAUCGGGCUGAUCUUCCUUACUUUCGUCAUAGUCUUCGCCCUUCUGUGUUUCUUAUGCAAGAAAAAACGAGCAGUUCUGACCUCUCGUCGUAAUCGAAAGUUUAUCGAGGAAGGUCGCGAGCAAGAAAUGCUAGCAUUUGCAACUGCGGCUCGCGCGAAUGGCGACGCUCCGCAGGGUGACGAUAAUACCGAUGAAUUUCGUGCUACGGCAGCAGGAGACAGUACAAUCAAGGAAUAUUUGGGCGGUCAAAGCUGCACGAGCGGAUCGGGUUCGGGUCAGAUUCAGCUGGUUUGGCGAACUCUGUCGAGGCAGGUGGCCCUCAUCGAGCGCCUCAGCACCAUCGGGGACAGCGCGAUUCUCGCUCGAGGCAGCUUCGGCCGCGAGAUCUGGCGCGGCGUCUGGCGCAGCGAGGACGUCGCCGUGAAGAUAUACAGUUCGCGCGACGAGGCCAAGUGGGCCCGGGAGACCGAGGCCUACAUGCGGUUUCUGCCCUCCAGGCAGCACGACAACAUCCUCGGCUACAUCGGCAGCGACGUGACCAGUAGGGCCGGCUGCACUCAGCUGUGGAUCGUCACGAAUUAUCACCCUGCGGGAUCUCUCUACCGGCAUUUGCUGCGGCUCGUGAAGGCGGUGAACCACGAGCAGAUGUUCAAAAUCUGCUCGAGCAUCGCCGAGGGCCUGCUGUAUCUGCACACGGAGAUUCAGGGCACUCAGGGCAAACCCGCGAUGGCGCAUCGCAAUCUCGCGUCGAGGAACGUCGUCGUCAAGCACGACGGAUCUUGCGCCAUCGCCGAUCUAUCGUGUUGCGCGACGCAGGACAAGCUCGCCGAGAGAUUCGACACGACCAGACUGUCGUCGAGACGAUACAUGAGCCCGGAACUGCUGGACCACAGCUACGAUCACGAAUGUCUGGAGGGAUUCCGCCAAGCCGACAUCUACAGCCUUGGACUUAUUUUUUGGGAAGUUUGCACCAGAUGUUCCAGCAAUGGCGUUGCUUCUGAUUAUUCGGCUCCGUUCGCCGAGUGGCUGACGAGCGACAAACGAGAGCCCACUCACGAGGAAAUGCUCAAAGUCGUUGUUACCGAUCAACGAAGGCCUUCGAUUCCCGAUUGCUGGCACGACGAUCAGAGUUUAUCCGGAAUGGCUCGCUUGAUAAGAGAGUGUUGGUAUCAAAGAGCCGCGGCAAGACUUCCGAUACUGCGAAUAAAGAAAACCCUUGUAAAAUUAGCUACCAGCGACCCCGAUGUCGAUCUGCAUAGGGAUUAA